GAUCACGGCAACACGCUGCGCAAACGGUGAAUUAUGAAUGAAUGACACUGAGUUGGUGGUGGGAGGCGUGUUUUACUCUCAGCACAUGUCCAAGGAGCGCAUCGCACCUCAAGCGUCUCCCAUAAACCGGUCAGAGCCGUGCGUAAAAAAAGAAAGAAAGAAAAGAAAUUGGAGUUAACAAAAUGCUGGCAAGCGCGGUGGCCAGCACCCUGUUCCUUCUGUCCUGCUGGGGCUCCUGCGUGUCAGCCACGCGUGUCUCCUUCUCCAACUUCUCCGUGGACAACGAGGUGCGCUCCAGCUUCAUCCAACGGAGACUGCGGAGCCAAGAGCGCAGAGAGAUUCAGCGGGAGAUCCUCUCCAUCCUGGGCCUGCCGCACCGCCCGCGGCCGCACUCUCACACCAAGCACAACGCCGCUCCGAUGUUCAUGCUGGACCUGUACAACACCAUCUCCACGCAGGCAGAUGCGCACACAUACUCCCGGUACCAGGCGGUUUUACAGGCUCAGGCCUCAGCAGCGGUGAGCCCACAGGACAGCCGCUUCCUGGACGACGCGGACACGGUGAUGAGCUUCGUCAACCUCAUUGAUCGGGAUGCGGACCAUCUGUUCCAGCCACACUCGCAGGCGUUCCGCUUUGACAUUUCCCGUAUUCCGGAGGGCGAGGCCAUCACGGCAGCGGAGUUUAGGAUUUACAAGGAUCUGGUCCAGGAGCGCACUGGGAAUGAAACCUUCAGAGUCAGCGUCUACCAAGUCGUUCGGCGGCCCCCCGACAGUGAAGUGGAGCUUUUGCUGCAGGACCAGCGAGAAGUUUGGGAUUCGGACGAGGGAUGGCUAGCUUUUGAUCUGACCGCCACAAGUACCCUCUGGCAGCACAGCCCGGACCAGAACCUUGGACUCUACCUGGUUCUUGAGGACAACCACGGCCAAAAGAUGAACCCCCGAAGAGCCGGGCUGCUGACAGGCAGUGGAGCUAAAGACAAGCAGCCUUUCCUUGUUGUCUUCUUUAAAGUCAACGAGGUGCGGCUCCGCAGCACUCGGUCAGCCCACGGCCAAAAAGGACGGCAGUCGAGCCGCUCCAAACAACAGAAGACCGUCCAAGACGCGCUGAAGGCAGCAGAGGCCGUAACAGACACCCUUGGACUGUCAAAGGAGGGAUGUAAGAAGCGGGAGCUGUACGUCAGUUUCAGAGAUUUAGGAUGGCAGGACUGGAUUAUUGCGCCGGAGGGUUACGCUGCGUAUUACUGUGAGGGGGAGUGCGCUUUUCCUCUCAACUCCGACAUGAACGCCACCAAUCACGCUAUCGUGCAAACCCUGGUACACUUUAUCAACCCUGGGACAGUCCCCCAGCCCUGCUGCGCCCCCACCCAGCUCCAUGGCAUCUCGGUGCUGUACUUUGACGACAGCUCCAACGUCAUCCUCAAGAAGUACCGCAACAUGGUGGUCAGAGCCUGUGGCUGUCACUAACCGUACUGUCACCUUUUUGGCCGGACUUCUGCCAAUCUGAAAGGCAGAAGGAGGCGUAACUUGGACCGAAGAGGCGAUGGGGUCUUGGCUCCGCAAAAGCUUGCGCCGCUCUGCAAACUCGAUCCCGGGCGAGUCGCAAUGGCUUGGAGCCGCUCCUGCAGACCAGCGCUAGGAGGAGAUUUGUGAAGACUUUAUAAGCACAAACCAAACUUGGAGGGAGUGCUCUCAGUUUGCAGAGAUUGCAUCAGAGGCAUCAUACACUGUAUUUGCGACUGAGGGUUGAAAACGUAAGACGUCUUCUGUAUCAUGAGAUUGUAUUUUAAGGCUUUGAGAUCAUCUGAAUGAAUGCGUCUUCCCCGGGUCAGGUGUAAAACAUCUGCAAGCUGUUAGGAUGACUUUCGUGUCGAUUUACUCUUCCCCUCCAAAAGAAGAGUCACACUCUAAUGUUUCCCCGGAUUGUCUUUAGUCAUGAUUGCGGCACGCGUUCCCCGUACCAUCGAUAAGAUUCUGCAACGCCACAUUUGUUUCCGCUCAGAGUUGCCUUUAAUUUCUCACCAUGAUCUUGUAAAGAUGAUGGGACAGGGAGGCUGCCGGGCAAGUUCUUUUUUUUCCCCCAGCGUGUCCCAAAGAUUGUCAGUCUGGUUAACGUCUGACCUCGUGCUACUUGAGCCACUGUUGCACAAUUUGAAGCCAAUGAAUCCUGGCAGGACUGGUGGUUUUCUUAAGGCAACACAGCUGUUUAGUUUAAAUUUCAAAUUCCUUUCUCGUGGCGGCCGUGGA